AUGCCCCAAGUCGGGCCCACAACCGCCCGUCUGCGCCGCACGUUCCACUACCCCGACGACUCGGACUCGGACUCGCAACCCGACGCCAUAGACGAGCAGGAGCAGGAAGACGUCAUCGCCCGCCUCGCCGCCGAAAACACGGCCCGCAACGCCCGCUUCCGCCGCCUCCUCGUCGCCCUGCCCCUGCUCGCCGCCCUGCCCUACCUCCCGCUCCUCGUCCGCCCGAGAGUCUCGCUGCUCGCCCUGCUCGCACUCACCUCGCUCUCCGCCACCGCCUACCUCCUCCAUCGCCUGCCCCCGCACCUCACCGGCAUCGCGCCCCUCGACGCCUGGACCCGCGUCGCCCCCAGCAGAGAUGCCCGCGCUGCGCUGCGGCCUCGCCCGCCGCUGCCCACUGCGCAUGGUUCGCCGCUCGAGACAUAUCUGCCCUACUUGAACGCCGGGCUCGCCGCCGUGCUGGUCCUCAUGGGCAUGCUGACGGGCCGCGGAACAGGAAGCUUUGGCUGGGUGGGCGUGGGCAACUUGCCCGCCAUCGUAUACUCUGUAGUCCUGGCGGCAAAGAUUGUCAUGGCCAGCGUCGACCCGGAGAGGGAACUGUCAGCUCUCAAAUACGACUACAAGGGUGCUUGA